AUGUUAACCGGUGAAAUUCCUGGCACACUUAGUAGCUGCCAAAGUUUGGAAAUCUUAUACAUGGAUGGAAAAUUUUUUCAGGGGACCAUUCCUUCAACUUUUAGUUCCUUGGAGCUUCUAGAAUGGAAUUUUAAACUGUCUAAGAACAUAAUCUCUGUUUUCACCUUUAAACUUGUCAUAUCAAAAGUGUCUGGGCUUCUGGGACAAAUUAUUAUGGUGGGUUUUCUAUUCCUGUGUUGGUAUGGAAAAACAAAGGAAAAACCUUCCGCAGAUUUAACAGGAAAUUCACGCUUGAAAUUGUCUUAUCAAAGUCUCCGUCGAGCUACUAAUGGGUUCUCUAUUGCCAAUUUGAUUGGUGUGCGUAGUUUCAGAUCUGUGUAUAAAGGAGUUCUUGAUCAUGAUGGAACCAUUGUUGCAGUGAAUGUAAUUAACUUGAUGCAUCAUGGAGGUUUCAAGAGUUUCAUAGUCGAGUGCAAGACCUUGACUGCAUGUUCAGGUGUUGAUAAUCAUGGUAACGAUUUUAAGGCUUUGGUUUACGAUUUCAUGGAAAACGGCAGUCUAGAAGAGCAUUUGCAUACAAAUCUCAUAGAAGAUUCUGCUCCUUUGCAAUCCAAGAAGUUAAAUAUUCUUCAAGAUUAA